AUGCCUAGCUCGGCGCGAAAAAGUAGUAUCGGAACAUCUCGACGCGCCUCGCAAAAGGGCCACAUUCCUUACCGAGGGGACAAUCCUGAAGUUGGCAAGAAGACAGGCAUUCCCGUGCGCCAUGUCGAGCGCAAGUCUGACGGGUUUGAGCCAUUCGAAGAGGUGAUGCGCCAGGCAGACGGGCGGACACCUCCACGUCCAAAAUCCAAGAAGCAGAAGGCUCAAAAGCUCGUUGCUUUGGAUGAGGAGGAGGAUGGCGAAAUGUCCAUGGAAUUGGACGAUAAUACCAGCACUCCUCUGAACUACUUUAGGAAUGCGCGCCAGCAACCUCUAAGUGCACAUCGCGUUGGGUCGUCUUCCCGUCCUGUGGGACGCCCAUCUCUGGUGGACUACGACCAGCUACCCUCCCCCCGCCGUUUCUCACUGGCGAGCACCUCAGCAGGGCCGUCGCGCUUAUCCCGGUCAUUUGCUGCGAAUGACAAUUUCGACGACGAUGAAGAUGAUGGCGGCGGUGGUUUUGAACACAACCCACCCUUUGAACCUCACGAUCAAGGCGCCUCCGGCAGCGAUGAUGAAUUAGCUCAGCAGUCGCACUCAAGAAACAGUCGCCGUGUGUCAUUCAGUGCGAUGAAUGAGGACAUGGAGGAGGAUGAAGACGACCAACCUAUACAUCCACCCUCAAAUCAUGCUUCGCCUUCACGACGAAAAUCUAAAGGAAAGGGUAAAGCCACGGAGGAAGAUCUAGAGGAAGAUCGCAUGGAGGACUUUGCGCAAGAACUCGAUGACCUGGGUUCCAUGGAGAAUGGCGUUGUCUCCGACAAUGAACAGGAGGAAGAACAACAGAGAAGUCCUGCAGAAAAAGCGAAGAUCAAGCGGGGGAAACAACCUGCUAAGAGAACUAAGAGAGCAGCCGAAGAACCUCGUAGUAGAUCAAGCUCUCCCACUGGUGUGCGAAGGAGUAAACGUUUCCGCUUCCGCCCUUUGGAGUGGUGGCGUCAGGAACGAGUAGUAUAUGGACGACGCGAUUCAACCUCAGGUCCUGUCUUGGUACCACAUAUCAAAGAAGUUAUAACAAUUCCCCAGGAGACGCCUGUGCCGCUAGGGGCGAAGAACAAACGGCGGGGGGCACGGGGUCGUAGUAAAAGCAAGGCCAAUUCGCCGCCGCCACCCGCAAGCAAUCCAGAGGAAGGGUGGGAUGAUGACACGGUUCCCCAUGCGCACGUCGUUGAUUUUGUGACGGGAGAAGAAGUGGAUAGACGCAUAGCGUAUACACCUAGAAUGCUUAACCCCCAGCCAGCGGCCAAUGCAGAUUGGCGGUUCGAGAAAGUUUUCGGAGACGGCGAUUUUAUAGCCUCUGGCGAGUUGAUUAUUCCUCCCGGUUGUCGCAAGCCGAGCAAACCAACCAAGGACAACACCUAUAUGUUUUAUAUCAUCGCGGGUGCUAUCAAUCUACGGAUUCAUAAUUCCAGUCUCAUCCUUGCGACUGGCGCAAUGUUCAUGGUUCCAAGAGGAAAUACUUAUUUUAUCGAGAACAUAAGCCAGCGUGACGUCCGCUUGUUCUUCACCCAAGCUCGCAAGCUAAUAGACGACGAAGAACCCCCUCAGCUACAAGAUCCUCCGUCCGUCGCUUCGAGUAAAGCGAUGCCAGCUGCCCGAUCAUCUAGUGCAGUGCAUCUGUCCCGUCCUCAGCCUACGAAUAGCCUCAAGAGAGCUCAUUCCACACGAGCUUGA